AGAAGCUAUGGGGGGCAGAGAGGCAUUGCUUUGUUUAUUGCUUUUCAGGUGAUUAUUGGGUGUUUAUCGGAGUCUGAGUCGGAGAUUAACAGAGGCAGCUUUCCAAAGGGCUUUGUUUUUGGGACUGCUUCUUCUGCCUUCCAGUAUGAAGGCGCAGUAAAAGAGGAUGGGAGGGGGCCUUCUGUAUGGGACAUUUUUUCACACACUUUUGGUAAAAUAACUGAUUUCAGUAAUGCAGAUGUUGCUGUGGAUCAGUAUCACCUUUAUGAUGGAGAUGUGCAACUUAUGAAGGAUAUGGGAAUGGAUGCUUAUAGGUUUUCGAUAUCCUGGUCUCGGAUUUUCCCCAAUGGAACGGGGCAAAUUAAUCAGGCAGGGGUUGAUCACUACAAUAAACUCAUCAAUUCAUUGCUAGCAAAAGGAAUUGAACCGUACGUAACCCUCUACCACUGGGAUCUUCCUCAAGCCUUGGAAGACAGAUACAUUGGGUGGCUUGACGCUCAAAUCAUAAAGGACUUUGCAGUAUAUGCGGAGACAUGCUUUCAGAAAUUCGGUGACAGGGUGAAGCACUGGAUCACAUUCAACGAGCCACACACAUUUGCUGUGCAAGGAUAUGAUGUAGGUCUCCAGGCACCAGGAAGAUGCUCUAUCCUACUGCACCUUUUCUGUAGGGCCGGAAACUCUGCGACUGAGCCUUACAUAGUUGCUCACAAUGUCAUCCUUUCUCAUGCAACUGUUGCCGACAUUUACAGGAAAAAGUAUAAGUCAAAACAAAAAGGAUCAAUUGGGGCAUCAUUUGAUGUUAUUUGGUAUCGAUCGGCAACAAACUCCACAGCAGACAUUGAAGCAACUCAGAGAGCCCAAGAUUUUCAGCUUGGAUGGUUUCUUGACCCAUUUAUGUUUGGGAAUUAUCCAUUCUCUAUGAGAAGUAGAGUUGGAAGCCGGCUGCCAAAGUUUUCCAAAUCUGAGUCUACUUUAAUCAAGGGGUCAUUGGAUUUUGUGGGCAUUAAUCACUACACUACCUUCUAUGCCAGUAACGAUUCUAUAGUCAGACUACUGAAUGACUCUCUAUCAGACUCUGGUGCCAUUACCCUUCCUUUCAAAGAUGGGAAACCUAUUGGAGAUAAGGCAAAUUCGAUAUGGUUAUACAUAGUGCCUGAGGGGAUGAGAAGCUUAAUGAACUACAUCAAGCAAAAGUAUGGCAAUCCUCCUGUGAUGAUCACUGAGAAUGGCAUGGAUGACCCGAAUAGCCCAUUCAUUUCCCUCAAGGAUGCUCUAAAGGACAAGAAAAGGAUCAAUUACCACCGUGACUAUUUGUCAAACUUGCUAGCUUCAAUCAAAGAAGAUGGGUGCAAUGUGAACGGUUAUUUUGCAUGGUCUCUACUGGAUAAUUGGGAGUGGGCUGCGGGAUACACUUCAAGAUUUGGUCUCUAUUUUAUUGACUAUAAGGACAAGCUCAAGAGAUACCCUAAGGACUCUGUUCAAUGGUUCAAGAACUUCUUAACUUCUACUUGAAUAAGAUGGUAUGAUAGAAUUCACGAAAGCUACAAUUACACCCCAACUCAUCAAGUACAAAACAAAGUGGUUGUUGCAGUUCAUGUUCUUGGUGGGAGCAAGGGAGCUGUCGUAAACCAUGGUAGUUGUGUGACUUGAGUCUUUUCUAAUGUGUUGAUUUGUACAGACAAAUUGAAGAAAAAGAGCACACAAUAAUGUGAAUUCGUGAAAUUUCGAAUGACAAGAAAAAAGUGUUGAUUUCAAAUGAAUACCUCGUCUUGCAUA